AUGGCCAAUGCGGGCCCGAACACGAACGGCAGCCAGUUCUUUAUUUGCACCGUGCCGACUCCGCAUUUGGAUGGCAAGCACGUGGUGUUUGGAAGCGUCGUAGAAGGCAUGGAGGUGGUGAAGAAGAUCGAAGCACAGGACAGCACUCCGCCAAAGAAGCCCUGUGUCAUCGAGGAGUGCGGCGAGCUGUCCGAGUGA